UAUACAAAAAUCAAAAAAUUAAAAAAAAAAAAACACACACUCACACACAAGUACAAAUCAAUUGGAUUUUGUAGACUGAGCGCGGAUUCCAAAGCUAUGCUGUUUGUAUCGUCCGUUGAAUGAAAUAAUCACAACAAUAAAUAAGUGCCGGUUACUAACUAGCUUUAGGCUUUUGACAAGGAAUAUAAUUUUUGUUUGUGGUGUUUUGGUGAAUGGUGAUGCUAAAAACUUAUACAAAAGUAUGUAUCCAAAUGCAUGAAUAUAUGUAGGAAGAUAAAAAUUAAGUGUACACAUGUAUGUAGAUAUGUAUGAACACGAGCACGAGCACUUAUAAGAACCAGCUACUGAGCGAAUGGAUUUAUAAUCAGCUGUGGCAGCGGGUACAUAAUAUAAUCAGCAAUACAACAACAUGAAAGAGUAAAAUCAACAAAAAAAAAAAAAAUAAAAUAAAAAUAAAAAAUUCACUAUAUACACAUAAAAGUGUAAAUGCAAUGUGGCAGCUCUUCUAGCAACGAAAAAAAAAAAAUAACUAACAACAAUAGUACUCAGCGUGAUAAUGCAUAUAUGAAAACAUAAAAGCAAGUGUGCAAAGGCAAAGGCAAUGUAAUUCAUAGAAUUCAACAAUAACAAAGCAAAAAAAUUAAAAUAGAAAUUAAGUGUUGUGUGCGUGAUACAUACAAUAACUACAAAAAAAAAAUUAUAUAAAUGGUGAUAUGUUAUAGAGCAAUAUUGUUGAUAAUAUCAUCGGAAAUAUGAAUAAUUAAAUAAACAUAAUUUCGACAAAAGAUGUGCAAUUCAAAAGUGAAUUAAUUGAGUAUUUAGCAAAAACUUGAAGUAAAAGUGCUAUGAAAAUAUGUAUAUCAUUUUGCCAACUGUAUAUGUAGUGGUGCAUUAAAUAGGCUCUAAUAGCAGAGAAAUAACAACAAAAAGCGAAAGCAACAAUCGCCAGAGGCUUUACGCGUAGCACAACGUAUGCAGCGAAGUUUUCAGUUACUCUAAAUAUCAGCAUGUACAGAAUGUUCACAAAACACUUCCGCCGGAAAAUGCGGCACAGCGACACAGUAACCGCGCUCAUCAUUUAUAUUCUGCUCGCCCUGAUACAAAAGAUAUCAGCUGCUGGCAACUUUGAAUUAGAAAUAUUAGAAAUUUCAAAUACAAAUAGCCACUUACUGACGGGCUAUUGUUGUGGGGUUCCUCUAGAAAUAAGAAGUACAAAAACGACGGGUUGCCCGCCAUGUUCUACAGCGUUUCGUCUCUGCCUCAAGGAGUAUCAGAGUUCGCCGCCCAGCAUUACGACAGGCUGUUCGUUUGGCAAUAAAACGACGGCGAUAUUGGGCGGCUCCAGCUUUGUGCUGAGUGAGCCGGGCAUGAGUGCAAUUGUGUUGCCAUUCACAUUCCGUUGGACGAAAUCGUUUACGCUGAUAUUGCAGGCGCUGGAUAUGUACAACACAUCGUACCCGGAUUCGGAGAGGUUAAUUGAAGAAACAGCAUUUUCGGGCGUGAUCCUACCAUCGCCCGAGUGGAAAACAUUAGACCACAUUGGCAAGAAUGCUCGUAUUACAUAUCGGGUUAGAGUGCAAUGUGCCGUUACUUACUAUAACACGACGUGUACGACUUUCUGUCGACCGCGCAACGAUCAAUUCGGUCACUACACAUGCGGUGCGGAGGGACAGAAACUCUGCCUGGGCGGUUGGCAGGGCAUCAAUUGUGAGGAGGCAAUUUGUCGGCCCGGCUGUGACCCGACACAUGGGAAAUGUGAACAACCAGGCGGUUGCGAAUGUCGUCAGGGCUGGCGUGGACCACUAUGCAAUGAGUGUAUGGUGUAUCCUGGUUGCAAGCACGGAUCGUGUAAUGGCAGCGCCUGGAAAUGCGUGUGCGAUACCAAUUGGGGUGGCAUACUCUGCGAUCAAGAUUUGAAUUACUGUGGCACUCAUGAACCCUGCAUGCACGGCGGUACCUGUGAGAAUACCGCACCUGAUAAAUAUCGCUGCACUUGCGCCGAGGGUCUGUCCGGUGAACGUUGUGAAAUUGUGGAGCAUCCAUGUGCAACGCAACCGUGCAAAAAUGGUGGAACUUGUGCGCUCAAAGAAUCAACACUACCCAAUAUAACCACGUUGCCGACAUAUCGUGCGAUGCGCGGCAUGAGUUCAGCAAUGGGGAAACCAGUUAGUCGACGUGAUUCAUUGUUAGGACUGGCAGGAUUAAGCGGCAGCGGUGCAGCCGCCGUAACAACGAUACCCACCUUAGCUGGUGCUGGUGCUAGUGCUGGUGCUGGUGGUGGUGCAGGUGGUCCAGGAAGCAGCGGCGGCAAUACGAGUGAUGGUCGCGGCAAUAGCACGAGCGCCAUGAGUGCACUUGCUGCGGCUGCCAAACUGCUGCCAGGCGGUGGUGGAGGUGUUACCAAUACACUGAGGGCCACAUCUAUGCUCAUGCAAUUGCAACAACUACACAACAACAACGCCGAUGGUGGCAAUAGCAACACGGGCACGAGCAAUCUGCUACAUACGCAUCAUUCGAUCGGCCAUCGACCGCAACAGAUACCACCAGUUGGGGAAUAUACGUGCGCAUGUACGCCCGGCUGGACGGGGCCAUCAUGUGAAAUCAAUAUUGACGAGUGUGCUGGCGGUCCCUGCGAACACGGUGGCACUUGCAUCGAUCUAAUCGGCGGCUUUCGCUGUGAAUGUCCUCCCGAGUGGACAGGCGAUGUAUGUCAAAUUGAUGUAAAUGAAUGCGAAGCCCACUACACGACCAUCAACAACAACAACAACAACAACAACCGCAACCACAAUCACAAUCACAACCACAACCACAAACAGCACAUGAACAAUGGCGCUGACACAACGUUAGCUGAUGCGAUUUCAUCGGCAACCUCUUCAGCGGCGCUGAUUGCCGCCAUAAGCGCUGCGUCAUCGUCCACAGCAGCAACGGCUGCCGCUAAGGCCGCCCUGCAAUCGCAAGCGGCAUCUGCGGCCAAUGCUACGGUUAUAAGAGUAAGUGGCUCACCGGGUAACCAUCCAACCGGCACCGUGGGUCCCUGUAUAAAUGCUCAACAAUGUGUCAAUCUUCCCGGUUCUUUCUCUUGUGUCUGUCUCGAGGGUUGGGGUGGACCCACAUGCGCGCAAAACAUCGACGAUUGUGUGGGUCAAUGUAAAAAUGGUGCGACCUGCAUUGAUUUGGUAAAUGACUACCAUUGCGCAUGCGCGACUGGAUUUACGGGUCGCGACUGUGAGACCGACAUAGAUGAAUGCGCUAACUCGCCGUGUCGUAAUGGUGGUGAAUGCGUGGACUUGAUUGGCAAAUUUAAAUGUAUCUGUCCGCUGGGUUACUCUGGAUCGUUAUGCGAGGAGGCCAAAGAUCAUUGUACGCCCUCACCUUGCUUACAAGGCCGCUGUCUCAACACUCCAGGCAGCUAUUACUGUCACUGUCCACCCGAUCGUGCGGGUAAACAUUGUGAACAGAUCCGACCACUUUGUUCACAGCCACCAUGCAAUGAGGGUUGCUUUGCUAAUGCCACCAUGAAUGCCCUUCCAUGCAGUGGGCAUGGUACAUGUGAGAUCGGCGAUGUUGGUACUUUUUGUAAAUGUCAUGUUGGCUAUACGGGCACCUUCUGUGAGCACAAUUUAAAUGAGUGUUCGCCAAAUCCUUGCCGAAAUGGUGGAAUUUGCUUGGAUGGUGAUGGUGAUUUUACAUGUGAAUGCAUUUCAGGCUGGACAGGUAAGCGUUGCUCCGAGCGUGCCAAUGAAUGCUAUGGCGGUCAAUGUCAAAAUGGCGGCACCUGCCUGCCCGGCUCAACAGAAAAAGGUUUACAAUCUCAUUGCCGCUGCACACCUGGCUGGCAAGGCGUAUUCUGCGAUGAGCCAAUUGAUCAGUGCAGGGGUCAGCCGUGUCAUAACGGCGGUACUUGUGAAUCUGGCACUGGUUGGUUCCGCUGUUUGUGUGCACAAGGCUUUUCCGGACCAGAUUGUCGUAUCAAUGUGAAUGAAUGCUCUCCUCAGCCUUGUUUGGGCGGUGCAACAUGUAUCGAUGGUAUUGGUGGUUUUACAUGCAUUUGUCCACCAGGCCGACAUGGAUUACGCUGUGAAAUAUUGCUCUCUGAUCCCAAAUCUGCCUGCAUCAACUCAACAAACACGCUGUCACCUUAUCAUGCUCUGAAUCAAAGCCAAGGCGACUGGUUAGAACUAGCGCUCUCGGGCAACACCGAUGAGUACUGUAAUGCUUGCAUCUGUGAGAAUGGCACUUCGCGUUGUACGAAUCUUUGGUGUGGUUUGCCAAAUUGUUUCAAGGUGGAUGCUACGAGGAAAUCAUCAAAUUUAUCUGGCGUUUGCAAGCAACACGAGGUGUGUGUGCCGACGGUGACUGAGGCAUGUCUUUCUCCACCUUGUGCUGUACGUGGUGACUGCCGUACUAUAGAGCCCUCGCGUCGUGUGGCACCGCCACGUCUGCCCGCAAACGCCGAUUGCUGGCCAAACCAAGCUGUGUUGAAUGAGAACUGUGCACGUCUCACUAUACUACUGGAUCUGCAACAAGUUGUACAGGGUUCGUCAGUAGAGGGCCUGUGCUCGGUGUUACGAUUUUUGUUGGCCUCAAAACUUGUAAAAUUGCCACAUAACAACAAUGACGCCAUGCUUAUCAUAAUAUGCGAUUUAAAGAUGGGCACCAACGACACCAUCGAAGUGACUGUGUCAUCAACGAAAUCAGCGGAUCCCCAAUUACCCACCACCGUUGGCUUACUCGGCGAGCUACUCUCUUCGCGUCAAAUAAACAGUCUCCGACGUCGAAAUGAGUUGCGGAAUGCAAAAUUUUCGCCAUUAGUCUCAAUUCUCGAGGUCAAAGUAGAGACUGCACUGGUUGCUGAGGGCAAUCACAACAGUUUGCUAAUCGGAAUGCUCUCUGGCAUUUUCGUUGUACUUAUCGGCUUUGCAAUAUUUUUAACGCUAAUGUGGCGCAAUCGAUUAAAUCCACGCUCUACAUCGGGUAUCAAUCACACACCCUCAAUGGAUGCGUUACGACACGAAGAGGAGAAAUCGAAUAAUUUACAAAACGAAGAGAAUCUACGACGCUAUACAAAUCCCCUGAAGGGUUCAACAAGCUCAUUAACACGCACCAAUGGCAUGGAACUCAGUCUCAAUCCAUCACCCGAAUUGGCAACUGUGUCUUCACUAGUGGCGGCUUCCACGUCGGCAUUACAUCGUUCGCAACCACUAUAUCCGGCCAAUUGCGGUGAAUCGAAUUUCGACUGCGAGUUGGAGGUGAGUGCGACGGGCAGCAGAGCAAUAGCGGCAAGCAAAACGGAGCUACACCAUGCUCAUGUCCAAAAGCGUAAUUCACAAAUUCUACUGCACAAAACGCCCAAUUCCGAUAUGAAGAAAAAUACGGUGGGCUCUUUGGAUAGCCCACGAAAGGAUUUCGGAAAGAGAUCGAUAAAUUGCAAAUCAAUGCCACCACCUGCCAAUGAAGAAUCAGACGUGCUCACAGUGGUUGUGUAG